ACGGCCACAUUAACAUGGAGCUGAUUUAGUCUCGGCCGAUUAAAAGAGCGAGAGCCAGUAAUUACUCGAUGCGAGAAUAAUCCACAAUUCUCAGAAAGUUCUCGGAAAAUUUUUAUAAUUUGUCGGGUGUUCUAAGAGGUCCGCACAGUUCGGCAGUCGGUUUUAAAAGGAACGGGGACCUCUCUGUUGUUUCCUUUUGUGCGCAGGCAAGACUGGAGAAGCAGAUUCUCCCACCAAUGCAGACUUCAGAGCUGCUAUGUCGGGCGCUCUUUCAAUACGCAGGAGACUCUUCCAUUCUCUUCCCGUUGCGUCGGCUGCUUCUGCCUCUUCGCCACUGCAUAGUUCCCUCCCUCCGCUACCUCAAUGCAAGGACUUGAGAUCCCUCCUCAGACUCCACGCCCACUUGAUAGUUUCCGGCCGUUCUCGAGACAGAGCCUCACUCACCCACCUCAUAAACUCCUACUCCCACCUCCAAAGAUGCGACCUUUCUUUCUCCGUGUUCAGUUCUACGCCAAACCCAGCUGUGAUUUUGUGGAAUUCCAUGAUAAGAGCCUACACGAGAUCAAACCAGCACGCAAUGGCUCUGCAUUUGUACCGUUCAAUGCUGAGGGACGGCCUGGAACCUGACAAGUACACGUUCACCUUUGUUCUCAAAGCUUGCACUGGCGCCUGUGACUUGCAAGAGGGCCUGUUGGUCCAUAAGGAAGUCGCCUGCAGAGGCCUAGAGAGUGAUGUCUUUAUAGGGACUGGUCUCCUAGAUAUGUACUGCAAGGUGGGAGAGUUUGAGACUGCACGGAAGUUGUUUGAUGGACUGCCUCAGCGAGAUGUCGUGGCGUGGAAUGCUAUCAUAGCAGGGGCAUCGCAGGGGUCAGACCCCAGCGAGGCUCUGGUGCUCUUUCGGAGCAUGCAGUCAGGCCAAGCGGGGCCCAACGCGGUGAGCCUGUUGAACUUGUUUCCAGCAAUAUCAAGAUUGGGAGAUACCGAUUCUUGUAGGUGUAUCCAUGGAUAUGUCAUUAGGAGGAAUUUCGGGACGGAGGUGUCGAAUGGUUUGAUCGAUACAUACUCAAAAUGCAGAGACGUAGGCUCUGCUCGUAGAGUUUUUGACAGAAUUCUGGGACAGGAUGUUGUUUCAUGUGGAACAAUGAUGUCAGGUUAUGCUUACAAUGGACGAUUCUCCGAGGUCUUGGAGUUAUUUGAAACCAUGAAGAUGGCAAAGGUCGAGAUGAAUAAAGUCUCAAUCUUGAGCGCCCUAUUGGCAGCAGGGGAGAGUGGGGUUGUUGAGAUAGGGAAGGGAAUAUACCAGUGUGCUAUUGAACAGGGGAUUGAUUCUGAUGUUACUGUUGCUACUGCCCUUAUGACAAUGUAUGCGAAAUGUGGGGAAAUGGACAGGGCCGAGAAAUUGUUUUUGGAGCUUGAAGGACGGGACUUAGUUGCUUGGUCUGCACUUAUAGCUGCUUUUGUCCAGUCUGGUUACCCUGAGAAGGCACUGACUUGUUUUCGAGAUAUGCAGAAAGAAAAUGUAAGACCUAAUAGAGUAACUCUCAUCAGUAUCCUGCCAGCUUGUGCAGAACUAUCAUUUCUUAGACAUGGGCAGAGCAUACACUGUUACCUUAUGAAGGCCGACAUGGAAGGUGACAAUACAACAGGAACAGCUCUAGUCUCCAUGUACAUCAAAUGCAGACAAUCUAAUCAUGCAGCUACUAUAUUCAACAGAAUGCCUGGCAAAGAUAUCGUGACAUGGAACGCUCUGAUUAAUGGGUUCAUCCAGAUCGGAGACCCCUAUUCUGCUAUCCAGACAUUCCAAAAACUUUGGGUUUCUGGGUUAUGUCCCGAUGCAGGAACAUUGGUGGGUUUAAUCCCAGCUGUCGCCCUCUUGAACAAUCUGAAUGAAGGCACUUGCAUUCACGGUUUAACCAUUAAAAGUGGGUUUGAGUCCGAUUGCCACGUAAGGAAUGCUCUGACUGACAUGUACUUCAAGUGUGGAAGUCUUUCGUCAGCCUUAUAUCUGUUUAAGGCGUCCAAACCCAGUUCUACAAAAGACGUGGUUUCUUGGAAUGUAAUGAUUGCUGGGUACUUGCAGAGUGGAGAUGCUAAAGAAUCUCUGCGAGCUUUUCACGGUAUGAGAUUGGAGAGUGUUUGGCCUAAUGCAAUCAGCUUUGCUAGUGUCCUCCCUGCAGCAGCCCACUUAGCUUCUUUGCGAGAGGGCAUGACUUUACAUGCAUGUGUAACCAAAAUGGGAUUUGAGUCUGUAAUCGAGAUUGGGAAUAGUCUCAUCGGCAUGUAUGCAAAGUGUGGGAGGGUUGAUUUCUCCAAGAAGUUCUUUCAUGAGAUGGAACAUAGGGACACGGUCUCUUGGAAUGUUAUGCUGGCAGGAUAUGCUAUACAUGGACAAGGAAACCAAGCCGUUUCGCUUUUUAAGCUCAUGCAAGAAAGUCAUGUGAAGAUAGAUUCAGUGUCCUAUGUGUCUGUCUUGUCUGCCUGUAGACACGCAGGCCUGAUAGAAGAAGGGAGGAGAAUUUUUCAUUCCAUGAGCGAGAACAGACUGGAACCCAAUUCAGAACAUUAUGCAUGCAUGGUGGAUUUAGUUGGCCGGGCUGGGCUGUUCGAUGAGGCUCUACAGUUGAUAAGGGAAAUGCCAAUGGGUCCUGAUGCUGGGGUCUGGGGAGCCCUGUUGGGAGCAUGUAGGAUGCACUCUAAUGUGAAGUUGGGAGAAUUGGCAUUGAACCAUCUUGUCGAGCUGGAGCCGGCUAACCCUGCUCAUUAUGUCGUUCUAUCAACUAUAUAUGCUAGAUCAGGCCGAUGGGCUGAUGCAGGGAAGGCAAGGUUGAAACUUAGCGAGAUUGGGCUGAAGAAAACACCAGGAUGUAGUUGGCUGGAAGUAAAGAGUAAAGUCCAUGCCUUCAUGGUGGGCGACCAAGUAAACCCUCAAAUUGAGAGAAUGCAGUUACUGUGGAACAGUUUGCUAGAGAAGAUGGAGAAAUUGGGUUAUGUUCCUGAUAGGAGCUGUGUAUUGCAGAACGUGGAGGAAGAGGAUAAGGAACAGUUCCUCCAUGGGCACAGUGAGAGGUUGGCUAUUACUUUUGCUCUUCUGAAUACGGAACCAGGAUCGACCAUACAGAUAGCAAAGAACCUCCGAGUAUGUGUUGAUUGUCACACGGUUACAAAGUUUAUUGCUAAGAUCACAGGCCGUAGAAUCAUUGUUCGGGAUGCCUCUCGUUUCCAUCAUUUUGAGGAUGGGAUCUGCUCGUGUGGGGAUUACUGGUGACUUACGGAGACCCAAACCUAUCACCUGAUGAAGAAAAGAACCAGAAUCAGUCAUCGUGGUGAAACGACUCUGCACAUUGUUCAGUUGAAGAGAGGAGAUGGUUGCUCUUCAACCGAUGACAUACGGCUCAGUUUGAAGAGAAUUGCAAAUGUUUGUUGCUCGCAAUUGUUAUGAUCAGUAAAGCAGGUUCUGUGAUAUCAGGACUCUGGCUUUAACGCAACAGAACAGACUAGCAACGAGAUUAUGUUUAAAGUGCCCUGGGGUUACAAGCUAGGACUUCCUCACAUUAGAGAUUGUCCUGAAACUCUCAUGUGAUUUUCUUAAAGACCUUUGACGAGUUAUUUUAUAUUUGAUGCUUCAAGAAAGCAAGUGCAAAUUGUGUUCAACUUUGUACGGGGUCGACGGCAGAUCAGCCAGAGGACUUUGACAGCAGGACAAGUUCCGGAACUGCUCUGUGUGAUUUAGCAGCUCUGUCAAGGAGGGAGAUUAUUUUUCCUACCUCCAAGCAGUGGUUCUUAUGGAAAUUAUAUCCACUAAUUGCACCUGAUUAUUAAGAGCAUCAGCUCUCAGUUACCGAUACUUGAUGGAUCACAAUAUUAGGGAAUGGAUUUGUUCGGGAAGAUAGGACAAGAAGAUUGUUGGCAUUCCACUCUGUUUUGAUGGUCAGGUUGUCUGUGUAAUCCCCAAGCCAAGAGGGCAUUAUUACUGUCACAGUGAGCCCCUUGUAGAUUGGUGAUGAAACUGAUAUGAAUGAGGAAUCAGUUUUAAGUUCAUCAGA